CCGUUGCCCAGCCUACCUGCUCCAGUCAGGACUCGCAGAGCUCAGUGGAAGACACACAGCCUGAGGUGCCCUGAGACCUGGAAUAAUCGGCCCUUUUUCCUACGACACAGACCUGGAGCUGACCGAGACUGAGAGACCAGGUGACCCGGGCUCCCGCUGACCUCCACCAGGAUGUCAAAAGCUUCGCGACUGGCUCGGCCCUCCUCGGCCGGCGCUGGUUCCAAACUGCCGUCCCCCCGCAAGGAGGCUCCCGGAGGGGCCCGUGCCAGGGUGGUGAGCGUAGGCGAGAAACUGAUGAGGGCCGGCAGCGAUGGGACCCCAGCCAAGCAGAGGGCCCUGGCUAUGGCCGGCCCACCUGAACAGCAGCCGGCAGUCAAACAGCCGACUCAUACUGAGUCCCAGAGCCAGGACAAUCAAAGCCAGUCACUGACUGAGGACAUGGUGGCCCAACCCAGGCGCAGAAUCAGCCCGCCUAAAGCUUCAGCCCUCCCACAGGGCACUAUGCAAAAGCAAACCAAAAGCAACCUAAAGGUGACCUCGCCAGAGGAUUCCGAGCACCUGAGCAGGAGGCAGGGCCCCCCGAAUGGAACCCGGGCCGAGGACCCCAAAGGUAACGGCAGUCGUACCGUCCCCCGAAGGCACACGUUAGGGGGGGCGCGAAGCUCCCGAGAGAUCCUGGCCAUGCAGCCUUCUGACAUGGACAAGAAGCGGGAAGCCUUCCUGGAGCACUUAAAGCAGAAGUACCCUCAUCAUGCCUCUGCCAUCAUGGGCCACCAGGAGAGGCUGAGGGAACAGGUUAGUGACGAACAGAGCAGAAGCCCGAAGCACGGCCCAAGUAGCCCCAGUGUAGGGGAGGCCGAGCACCUCUCCCUGGCCUCGCUGGACUCCCUGGAAACCAUGUCUGAGGCCGACGCCCCCACGGCCUUCACCAGAGGCAGCCGCUCCCGAGCCAGCCUGCCCGUGGUUCGCUCCACCAACCAAACGCGGGAUCGUUCACUGGGCGUUCUGUACCUGCAGUACGGCGAUGACACACAGCAAAUCCGGAUGCCUAACGAGAUCACUAGCGGGGACACCAUCAGGGCUCUGUUUGUGAGUGCCUUCCCCCAGCAGCUGACCAUGAAGAUGCUGGAGUCUCCCAGCGUGGCCAUCUAUGUCAAGGAUGACCUGAGGAACAUGUACUACGAGCUCACCGAUGUCAGGAAUAUCACAGACCACUCCUGCCUGAAAGUGUACCACAAGGACCCAGCACAGGCCUUCAGCCACGGGCCUCGACCCACCAACGGGGACACAAGGAUGCACAGAGAGAUGUAUGUUGGCCGUGACGGGCAGCACCCACUCCGUCAUCCCCCGAUGGGCCCCCCUCUGCACCCACACAUGCAGGUCCCCAUGUCCCCGCCCACCACCCACUCCAUGCCCCCCUCGCCCUCACGGAUCCCCUUCGGCCAGCGCCAGGGCCCCGCUCCCUGCAGCGCCACCAUGCCCCGGGAGCGCGUCGCCAACGCCACGCCUCCCGCUCGCUCCGCGUCGCCGUGCCCUAGCGCCAUCCUGGAGAGGCGCGACGUCAAGCCAGACGAGGACGUGGGCGGGAAGGCCCACAGCCUGGCGAGGGGCGGUGAGGGGCUGUACGCCGACCCGUACCUCCUUCACAACGACCUGAGGAUGGGUCACGCCCCGCCUGGGGACAUGGUGGACCACGGCAGCCUGGCCGGCUACCACCGCGCCUCCAUCCGCUCCGCGGGCUCCUACAGCGGGCCCAGCCCAACGGAGGCCAUGGACCAGCCGACGCUGUACCGCCAGAAGUCCAGGAAGUACGGAGAUAGCCAGCUGCCCACGCUGGGCUCCAAGACCCCGCCCCCAUCGCCCCACAGGAUGGCCGAGGUGAGGAUGAUUGACAUCCACGUGGUGCCCAACCCUCACGGGGGCGUGCCGCUGGAGCGGGCCUCGCCCAUUCGCCAGUCCUUCCGGAAGGAGGAAGCCAUCAAAGGCAGGGGCAACAUGUCUCCGGUUGUCCCAGACCUCCAAGGUCACGGACCUAUCCCGGCGGCCAGCGACCCCCAGACACGAGAGAGAAUGAAGGCUAUGGAGCAACAGAUUGCCAGCUUGACUGGUCUUGUUCAGCAUGCACUUUUAAAGUCCCCAAACUCUAGUGGCACCCACGAGGCUCUCAGUGAACGGCCCCAGAAGACAUCACGACAAGCGUCUCCGGUUCAUGGCGGGCAGAGUGCAGGAGGUUCUCCUAUUCUAGCACCCAAAAGUGCAGCGCCACCCUCUGAGAGUGGCUCCACCCAAAUACUCCCGGGCUCCGCCCCUUUCCAUUCCAACCUGCUCCAGUUCAAGAAGAAUGUGUCGGACCUCCGGCUGCAGCUUCACCAGAUGAGACAGCUCCAGCUCCAGAACCAGGAGGCUCUGCGUAUUCAGCUGAAGCGGGCUGAGCAGGAGAUCAGCGAGAAGCUGGCGGAGGCCAUGAGACGUCUGGAAGACCCCGUCCAGAGACAAAGAGCCCUGGUGGAGGAGGAAAGACACAAGUACCUGGGUCUGGAAGAGAGAGUGCUGGACAAGCUAGGUGAACUGGAGCAGUAUGUGGACAGUCUGAAGCGGGACACCGGCUCAGCGGGGGCUCACAGGUCUGUGACCCUGAAGGACGUAGAGGAGGGGGCUGUUAACCUCCGGAGAGUGGGAGAAUCCCUGGCUGGUCUCAAAGGGGAGUUCCCUGCUCUGCAGACCAGGAUGCGUUCUGUCCUAAGGGUGGAGGUGGAGGCUGUUAAGUUCCUCAAGGAGGAGCCCCACAAGCUGGACAGCAUGUUGAAGAGAGUCCGGAGCCUCACAGAGACACUCAGCGGCCUGAGAAGAUGUGCUACGGAGGGUCUCUUGAAAGGCUCUGACCCUGGGUGCGCCACGGGGAAACCGUCCCCAGCUGAGAUCACCCCUGCCAAAACCCCCACCACCGUGGACCCCAACCCCCUCGCGGAGCUUCCGGCCUCCCCCUCAGCACUGCUCGAGCCCCAGUCCUGCUCCAUCAGGUCGGAGGUGGUCGCGCCCUCCUCCCCAGUGGUCAUCCACCAUGUCCAGAGCGCUCCGGUCCAAAUGCAACAGUUCCAGCAUUCUGCAGCCCUGCUGGUCCAGGCCAGCCCCCCAACCCACAACCAGGGCCGGGACUCCCCAGGCUCAGCCAAGGCCUCCACCGGUGCCACCACGGACUCCCACUCCAACCCCUCCAGUCAGGGGGGAAGCCCUGCCCAGCAGAAGAAGAGCCCUGUUCCCGCAGCGGCUGUCAAUGCCGAGCUGGUGACCCCGGCUCCGGUCAAUAACGGGGGUAACGGAUCAGGGAACCUCUUCAUCGAGGAGAUUCACACAAAGAGUGGCAAGAGUAAAAAUCGGGCCAUGUCCAUAGAGGCGGCAGAGAAAGAGUGGGAGGAGCGCAGACAGAACAUAGGCCACUACGAUGGGAGGGAGUUUGAGAGAAUCCUGAGCGAGGCCCAGGCCAACAUGAUGAAAGGUAUCCCCAGCCUGGAGGUGCCGAGCGAGGGGGAUGCCUCAGCAACACACCCUGCCUCCCCGGACGGCCCCGCCCAUUCACCCAAGCCUGCGGAGCCAUCCCCAGGAGAGGACCAGCCUGAGCCAAGCUCAGAUAAACCAGCCCUAUCCAAGCCUGUUCCUGACAAACUCGCCAAGCUGGAUCUCGAUAAGCCCCCCGCCACCACCAAGCCUUCUGUGGAGAGAUCCCCGAAGACCCCCACGUCCGCCAAGUCCACCACCGACAAAGUGGGCAAGGUCGGCUUGGAGAAAGCCAGCAGGUCCCCCCCGCCUCCCCCACCCAGAAAGACCUUCCCCACCUUCAGUUCCGGGAUGACCACAACGCGUUCUGGGGAGGUGGUCUACACAGGCCGGAAGGAUUCUGCCACGGAAAAGGAGGAAACUGAGAUGCUUUCCCCAGGGACCCCGUCCAAACCCACCAAGGGCCCGGCUGAGACCACGGCCAAGCCCUCCACUCCGCCCCCAGUUGCGACCUCAGCCGUCCAUGAGGAGGAGGUGGAUGAGGGAGACAAAAUCAUGGCCGAGCUCCAGGUGUUCCAGAAGUGCACAGUAAAGGAUGUAGGGGUUAAAAGUAGUGUGCUAGAGACAUCUCCUACUCGAGUUGAGGCCCAAAUCAAAGAGCUAAGACCUGGGGCCUUAUUGCCCCUGAAAGAGAAAAAGCAGAGCUCAGACAGCACUCGGGAGGACAAACAGCCCAUCACAGAUGAAAAUGGGAACACCACCACUCUUCGUCAGAGCCCAGGGCAGGUUAUAUACUACGUAACCGGGCAGAUCUCCAAAGAUCAGCCUCCACCCCCGGCUCCGCUGGAGGAAGCUCCUGAACGCAGAGACGACCCACCGUUGUCCCCCUCACAGGUGUCAAAUGUGAAUGCUAAUGACAAUUCCCCGAGCCAGCAUCCACAGCAGCCUCAAGCUAAAUCCCAGCAGCUAGGGCCACCUGUAUCUCCCAAGCCUCUGUUUUUGAAUGGCCCGUGCCCUCUGUCUCAGAAACAGGUGUUGAGCUCAAAAUGUUUGAAGGCUAAACCAAAAGCGAUGAAAGGGGUUCUUGAAGGCCCGGUGGCCAGCGCCGUAGAUAAGCCUCAGGUCAGCAAAGUCCGGAGGCUAGAGACCUCGGUCUCCUCAGUCGUCCAGGAGUCCAGCAUUUCUCUUAGUACAAGUUUCCUGUUGCCUGCUGCGUUGCCUGCACCUCCACUAACCUCUGUAAGUGAGGUUCCUAAGGCAGUGGAGCCUCCCCCGGAGCAGGUUCUUAGUGCGGGCACUGAGCAGCACAGAGAACUCCUCAGACCCUGGAACGAGGAGGUCGACGGGGAGGCGAGCCUGAGCCCUGACCUACCUUGCGAGGAAGCCCCUCCACCCCCUGACAACAUUGCCUUCAUGAUCACCAACACCAAAGUCCAGGCGUUGUCCUGUGGGGAGUACCAGGAGCUUGUCAGUGCCAAACAGGGCAUCCAGACGGUGACCGUGGGACGGGGGCCUGGGAACCAGGAGAUAACCAACACCACCUCAGGCGGAGGCGGAAGCAGCAGCUCGGCGGAGUCGCAGGACGACUGUUUCAACAACAAGAAGCCGGUCAUCAUCAUCUUCGACGAGCCCAUGGACAUUCGUUCGGCCUACAAGCGCCUGUCCACGGUAUUUGAGUGCGAGGAAGAGCUGGAGACCAUGCUGGCAGAGGAGCGGAUCGAGGAGGAAGACGAGGAGUCCGAGGAGACUGAGAAGACCAGUGGCGGACCCCGGGUUGGUCCGUCCAAGGGAGGAGAGAAGGUAGCAGUUUCCACCAAGUCCGCCAGCAGCACUCCUAGCUUGACCAGUGAUAGAUUCCCGCACUCUUCCUCAUCAUCAGAGCUUGCAGACUCUUGUGGUGACGGGAAGCCGGAUGGGAAGAAGAAGUUCAAGUUCAAGUUUCCCAAGAAACAAUUGGCGGCAUUGUCACAGGCCAUCCGCACAGGUACCAAGACGGGCCGGAAGACGCUACAGGUAGUGGUGUAUGAAGAAGAGGAGGAGUCAGACGGUACCGUACGGCAGCAGAAGGAGGCCAAGAGGUUUGAGAUCCAAAGCCGCUCCAAGCUGUCCGCUCCUCCAGCAGACACAACAACGAAGGACCCGGAUCCGGCUGUCUUGAGGCGGCAACAAUCAGAUUCCCAAGGCAGGACGGACGAGAUCCGGAAGAGCACUUACAAGACUCUGGACAGCCUGGAGGAGACCAUAAAGCAACUAGAAAACACCAUCAGUGAGAUGAGCCCCGCAAGGACCCACCAGGAGGAACCAGUGAGGAGUCCCGACAGCAUGGAUCCCCAGCUUGGGUGUCUCGCGAGUGGCGAGAGUGGAGGACUGAAGAGAUCCUCAUCACUCCCUGCCAAGAGUUCACUCCCCAAGAUCCCCCAGCCCGUUAGGGCCUCCUCUCAGAGGAAGAAGACCAAACCUCAGCUUCUCCCCAGGCCUCCAAUCAUCCCCACAGCUAAUGUCACCCCUGUCGCCAGCCAACAGAACGCAACCAGCAUCGCUUCCCCUACUAGUCGGAUGCCGGUGCCCUUGUCUGCGAAGUCCAGGCAGUCGCCAGGGACUACUACUGACAAGGCAGGAAAACAGCAAAAGCUACAGGACAGCGCUCAGAGGCAGUUCCGACAGGCUAACGGAAGUGCUAAAAGAGCGGGAGGGGAUCAUAAAACAACUUCCCCUACUGUGCCUGCUUCUAAAAUCCCUGCUUUUUAUCCUAGCUCUGGUAAAGGAAGCACCUCCCAGUCUGCUCCAAACUCAGAUGCCACUAACCCCUUUACCCCUUCCACCUCCAACCCCUCCUGUUCCCCUCCCCACACCGCCAAGUCCUCCAUCCCGUCCCUUCACAGCCCCCGCCACCCCGGCUCCUCCCACAUCCCCUCCCUCUCUAACGGUUCCUCCCUCAAACUCCCUACACCCUCUCACGCAGGUAAAGCUUUCUCGUUCUCCUCGCAGACUCAAAACGGCCGAGCACCCACCUCCUCCUUCUCCUCCUCUUCCUCCUCUUCUUCCUCCUCCCCCUCCCCUCUGUCGCCCACCUCGCUGGGCCCGGGUGUGAAGAGUAUCCGCACCAUACACACCCCCAGCUUCACCAGCUACAGGCCCCAGAACGGCAGCGGCGGCAAAUCCUGCAUACCAACAGCCACAACAGCCAAGGACUCCACUUAGCACAGUUGCCAUAUUUGUGUUAUUGCUCUUUCUCUCUUUCUCUCUCUCUUUCGCUCUCUCUUUCUCUCACUUAAGAGUGAUUCAUUUUUUAAAAAAUUAUUCUCAUUGGUUUUUGUUUGUCGUCUUUCAAAAAGGGUAAUGGAUGCACUUCCCUCAACCAUUCAUGUUUCAAUAUGAUUUGGCGCUGGCAUUCUUACGGCGAUGCUUUGAAUUUUCUGUUGCGUUUUCCCUUGGCUAUUGCUUUGAACUGGAAACCUAAGGUUUAAAGGAUUUGGUUUUAUUGCUUCAUAGUUCACUGUUAUAUAUGGUAUUAAAUGUAUAUUUUUCUUACAUUAACUAAGAUUUGGAAAAUAUAGAGUUGAUUUACAAUCAUUAUGACGAUCUGAAAAUGUGUUUUAUUUUUUGAAAACCAGAGACUGGAUAUUCAUAGUAUAUUUUGAUCUUCCAUUAUUUCUUAUGUUGCCCAACAUUGAGCAUAGCCCUAGAAAAUACCUUUUAUGAAUGUAUACACAAUAUGUAUACAGACAUUUAAAGUGAAACUGCAUUGACUUCUAUUUUGUUAAGGAUAUUUUCUCAUACUGUAUAGUUAUCCAUGCACUGCCAAUUUAUUUUUAGGUGAUAGCAAACAGAUUUUAAGUGUUUUAAAUUUCUCUUUGUAGUUAUUGUGCCUAUUUGCCAAAGUUGUUAUGUCAUUUCCUGACUGUUUUACUGUAAUUAUGACAUACCAAGUGAGAGGACUAGGACACACUUGAGGUGUGAUGGCUGAAGUUUAUACCUUCAAUAGCUUUACUGGAGGUCUGUGUCUCUUAAGUUAAUGUUUAUCAAUGUCUAAAUGUAUACAGUACUAAAUACAAAAGUAAUUGACAAACUGUUCUACCAUGUGUACAUAAAUGCUUCUAAUAAGAACUUUAGUAGUUUUGUUGACAUACCAAAGUUUAUUUGUAUGCAUGCCUUUAAGAGAGUGACAAUAUAAAAGAAUUAUGUUUGCACAGAUAGAUUUUGUAAAUAUUUGUUUUCUCUUGUUUUUUUUUGUAAAGCUUUAAACCAUACUACAUAAAAGAAAAGGGCAAAGAAAGAAUUGUGUCAGAAGUUGGAAUGAAAACAAUAAAGGUCUGCAUGGAAUGCA